AUGCUAGCUCUUUAUAAAACAGCAACGGAUUUUUCAUGGAAAGUAUUUGAAAUGAUGUUAAAAGGCAAUUCAUACAAUUCUAAUAUUGUUGUGUCUCCGUUUUCAUUGCUUCAUUUGUUAGGAAUACUUGUUAGUGAAACUGAAAUCGAGAGCAAAGUUGUAUUGAAGAAUGUUGAAUACGAAUCGAAUGGUAAUGAAUUUGCAAAUAUGGUAAGUGAUUUUUCAAAACGGAUAGAAUCAUCUACGUUUGGAACAAAUGCUGUAGAAGAAGCUUGUUUAAAUACCUUUUUGUUUUAUGAUAAAAAUUGCGAAUCGUCAUCAACACCACGAGGUAGAACUACUCGUUUAUUCAAUGCAAAAUCUCAUCCUAUUAACUUUAAUGAUCUGCCAAAAAGCAUGAGUGAAAUAAACGCUUUGAUCUCAGAGGCAACCAAUGGCAUGAUUCCUGACUAUAUUAACAACAUGAUGGAUUUGCGCACUAGUUUAGUUAUUAAUACUUUAUAUUUGGAGAAGGAGUGGAAUAAUAAAUUUACUAGUUUUGAUAAAGAAAACUUUUCUGCUGAAAAUGGCGAUUUCUUAGUUGAUAUGAUGGAACAAGAGGAAGAAUUCUAUGCUUAUGAAAAUGAACAAUUUCAAGCUAUCCAGAUGUCAUACAAAAAAUCUAUGUGUUCAUUUAUUGCUGUACUACCAAAAAAUGGUGUUUCGUUAUCUGAAAUUCAACAGUAUUUGGCAAAAGAUGACAAUUUAUGCAGUUUAGUUAGUAAAAUGGAUCGUUUUCUUGUUGAUUUAAAAAUCCCCAAAUUUAGUAUUGAAAAAGAUUUUGAGUUGACAGGUUUACUUAAAGAGAUAGUUGAUGUUACCCGAACAAAUACAGAAGCAUCAACUGUAGAAUCUGAAUCUAAGACAAACGUGCUAUCCUUGCGCAAAACAAGUCAAAGGUUGGUUUUUAGCAUUGAUGAAAUUGGAACAAAAGCUGUUUCAGUGACAGGUACAGUUUUUGUAGAUGGCUGUAGAAAAUUAUCCAAAAUGAGAAUGCAUUUCAAUAGGCCUUUUUUUUACUGUCUUUCAAAACUUUUGCGUGUUGACAGUGAUUAUCAAUAUCGCGAGUUUCCAUUAAUUAUGGGUACAUAUGUUACCCCGAAAAAGAAUUAA